AUUAUGGGCCAAGUAUUUCAUCCUAGCCCACAGACUAAUACCUAAAGUAGAAAUUCCUGCACAUGGAUUCUGGUUUGCCUUCUUGAGACGUCUAGAGGCACACAGAAACCUCUUUCUUUCUUUCUUUCUUUCCCAAUUUGCCUCUUCCUUAUUACACAGACUCUCACACCCACCAGCUAUUAACCCCUCCCCAGUUUCACUCUGAAGUCUUGUCUCCACCACCACCCAACCUUCACAAACUGUCAACACCCCCAUCUGAAGUUCUUCACAGUUUGAGCAACUCAGUCAACAAUGGCAGGCUACUUCGUCUCCGAAGCAAUGCAAAGGAACAUGACCACCAAGAAGCGUAAGGAAGUGGGGCAGCUCGACCAAGUCAACGACCACUUCUCCGACUUCUCCCUCUCUUCUCCGGCCAGAAAGAUUCGCCGUCUGGAUGCGCAAUUACCACCCAUCUUGGAGGAAGAGGAGGUUGAAUUCGACCCGGGUCAGAUGAACUGUAAUGGUCUAGUGAUUGAGGAGCUCGAAAAUCAAGAAAGGGCCAUUGUGCCCUUCAACCCUGUAAAUAACCCAAUUCUCCAUAACCCUUCUAAUGUCUCCGUCUCUCUUAGUCCUGACUUAAUCUCUGGAUUCAAGGACCAAUUUGUUCGGUCCAGCUAUCAUUAUGGCAUGAAAUCCGACAAGAGUGAGGAGGAAGAGCAAGUGAACAAGGACCAAUGUAAAGCGGUUGUUCCGUGGGUGCCAUCUCAGCAGCUCCCACCUAUGCCAGCUGUGGAGGUUUCGCAAUCCGAGGAUCGAGGAGAGCCAAUGGAGGAUGAGGAGAUGGGCGCAGCGGCAAUGGAGAUCGAAGAGAGCAGCACAUCAGGAGCAGCAGGAGGAGCACAAGGAACAAGCAAUGGCUAUGGUGGAGGGAUUUGGGCGCAGUGGCAGCAACAGCACUGUAUGAUACCACAGCCUCCACAGAACACAUCUACUCCUAUCACAUGGCUUCAAUGAGACCCAACAAGUGCGUGAUAGGGUUUACUAGGUUUCGCAUUUGAAGAAAUGAGACCUCCAUCUCUUACUAGGAGUCUGUGUUGCUAACACUAGUCUUUUAAGAAAUGUAGUUAGUAUGUAAAGUUAAUAGCGGUGUAUGAAUUUUCCCCAAGAAUGAUUUGCUUGUUUGGUAUGGCUAUAAUGAACAAGUCUUAAUCUGAAC